AUGGCAGCAAUAUCCCUGGUCGGAAAGGUCAUGAGGACCCCUGAUAUAACAGUGGUAUAUCAGAAGAUAAGCACUAUAUAUAUAGAAAUGAUGGUGAAUGCGAAUGGUAUAGCGAAAGAGAUAUAUAACAUCAAAGAGGAACUCAAGAAUCUGGCGGUGAAGGUACAAAAAGGCAUCACAGCGGGCGAGACAGCCACCGUGCCGGCGACUGAGGCCGCGGAAGUAGGCAAGACAGUCACCGCUAUAGCAAGAGAUAUAAAGAAUAGAGGAACACAGCAUCAGAUAGGAGGACUAAUGAGCUAUGCUGCUGCGGCAGCACAUGGUGCCCUGAUCGCAAAUACACACAUGCAGCGUGAGAUUAUCAUAAAUAUAAGAAAUGCCCAGACAAUCCAACACCUACGCGCCAUGAAUCCGCGUAUCAUGAAAGCCUAUAUUGACACAGCCAUCGCCCAGAGCGAAAACAAACACAUAGCUAAGAUCACCACUAUAUCAGCUAACCAGCUCAAGAGCGGGGAUCUCAGCAUCAGAACAGCAACGAACAGUGAGAUGCAGACGCUCCGUGAAUUCAUGGAUGACUGGGUUCCUCGACUCGGAAGCGGAAAGUUGGUACAUACCCAUACAUACAGGGUUAUUAUAUAUAGUAUACACACCAGCAUGAUGAACACCAAGAGGUUCAAGGAGGUUAAAGCCGAAAUCCUGCAAGCCAACAGAGCAUUCCUCCCUAUAGCAGAUAUCAAAUACAUUGGCUGGCUGACUAGGAGACCACCAAACAAAUCAAUGUCGUCUAUCGUCAUCAAGUUCACAUAA